AUGGGUGGUAUGUAUGCGGUACCUAGAGUCCCGUACUCUUUGGAGACGGUCCAAGCAGGCUGCCUCCCGCAGAUACACCAGGGCUUCUGUGGUGCCUGGUGCGCUGUGUGUCAGUACUACAUCGGCUUCAGCUUGUGUGCAGGCGAGCAGGCACGUGGCAGGACGUGCGCUCUGGUCCGCUCCGCGCACGUGCUACGUCCGGGUUUCCCCGCCGCCGACGUGGCGCUGUGGCGCGUGGUGGUGCCGCGGGGGGCGGCUCCCCCCCAACCCGCCGACCUGCCCUGGGGAUACGGACCCCCCUGUCCACCGACCUGGCCGCCCAAGCGGGCCAUGAGUGAGAGCGACGACUGCGACGACGUCUUCUCAGAAUCCUCCAAGGAGCCAUGCGAGUCGCCCGGCGACGCAAGCAGCUGCCAGCUGCUGAGCCGCAAGAAGCGGCGCGGCAUCAUCGAGAAGCGGCGACGCGACCGCAUCAACAGCAGCCUGAGCGAGCUGCGGCGGCUCGUGCCCAGCGCCUACGAGAAGCAGGGCUCGGCCAAGCUGGAGAAGGCGGAGAUCCUGCAGUUGGCCGUCGACCACAUCAAGAUGCUGCACGGCAAAGUGGGCGCGGACUCGCUGGCCUGCGACAGCCACAAGCUCGCCAUGGACUACCACAUGCUGGGGUUCCGCGAGUGCGCCUCCGAGGUGUCGCGCUACCUGGUCACCGUCGAGGGCCUCGACCUGCAGGACCCGCUGCGCCUGCGCCUCGUCUCGCACCUGCAGUGCUUCGCGGCGCAGCGCGAGCUCGCCAAGAAGGCGCCCGGCGUCGCGCCCUGGGGCUACGGCGCCCCCGCGCCGCAUCAGCAGCAGUACCCGGCGCCCGACGGGCUGCCGCACUACGAGCCCUCCGCCGCCGCCGCCGCCGCCGCCGCUGCCGCCGCCGCCACCACCGCCUCCUCCGCGCUGCCGCCCUACCCGCCGCCGCAGUACCAGGUGGCCUACGACCACCCCCCGGGCCCUGGGGCCUCAGCGGAGGUGAAGCCGUACCGACCGUGGGGCGCCGAGCUCGCCUACUGA